UCCAUGGUCAUUGCAGAGCAGUUGGACUGGAUGGCCUUGAAGGGUCGUUUCCCACUCAAACAUUUCUAUGAAAUCAUCCUCAAAAUUGUGUAAACUGAGGCUUCUGCUCAUCUCUGCCCUUUCUCUCCCAUUCCACAGCUGUGAGUGCUUGCCUUGAAACAGGUUCUACAGAAAGGUAGUUUGGGAGGAGCUGUAGUUUUAAGGUGUCAUUUGCCAAUUGUUGUUGUCAUUGACCUGAAAGCCAGCAGCACCAGACUGCUCCUAUAAACCCUGCUUUGGCAGAACACUGAGGCAUGUGCCUUUGUAGAGAGGACAAGCUUACCUGACUGAAGGAAGUGUGAAAAUAGGUGGGACUGUGCUUUUCCCAUCGUUGACAUCCCAUUUCCAGUGAUUUUAGAUGGAGACAGGAAGGACAUUGCUCCUAGUGCUGGUUAGGUGUGAACACCAUGGGGUGAAUCUAAACCUGCUGGAGGGUUUGUUUGUGGAGGAAAGCUUCAAGCAAAUACUGGAAGGGAAUGCAGCAUUAUGAGCAGCCCAAUGGAGAGCCCCCAGUGCAAAGCAUUGCAUGCUGGAUUGGGGAUACAGCUUCUGGGUUGAUCGAACCCCGGUUCACGAAGCAGCCAGGCAGGGAGAAAUCCUUCAGCUGCAGCAGCUGAUAGAGAACGGAGCCUGCGUCAACGCCGUCACCUACGACUCCAUCACUCCCCUGCACGAGGCGAGCCUGCGAGGGCAAACGCAGUGUGUCAAACUCCUCUUGGCUGCAGGGGCCCAAGUGGAUGCCAGGAAUAUUGAUGGCAGCACUCCACUCUGUGACGCCUGUGCCUCAGGGAGCAUUGAGUGUGUGAAAGUGCUGCUCUCCCAUGGUGCCAAAGUGAACCCUCCCCUGUACACAGCAUCCCCUCUUCAUGAAGCCUGCAUGAACGGCAGCUCAGAUUGUGUGCAACUCCUCAUAGACGUCGGUGCCAACUUGGAGGCUCACGACUGCCAUUUUGGGACACCCCUACACGUGGCCUGUGCCCGGGAGCAUCUGGACUGUGUGAAGUUGCUGCUUAAGGCAGGGGCGAAUGUGAAUGCUGCUAAACUCCAUGAGACAGCCCUCCACCAUGCAGCAAAAGUGAAGAACGUGGAUCUGGUUGAGAUGCUGAUUGAGUUUGGAGGAAAUAUCUACGCAAGAGACAACAGAGGAAAGAAGCCAUCAGAUUACACCCUGAGAAGCAGUCCCACAGCAAAAUGCUUUGAGUACUAUGAAAAAACACCUCUGAGUCUGUCACAGCUCUGCAGAGUAACGGUGAGGAGGGCUGCUGGGCAGCGAGCGCUGGAGAAGAUUGCCAAACUCAACAUCCCUCAGAGGUUAAUCCAGUACCUGUCCUACAACUGACAGGCACCAAGGUGGCUGGGAAGGACACUGAUUGCACAACAUGAAGUAUCCAUCUCUUUCUCUUCUACCUCCCCACAAGAAAUGAGUUUUAAUUUAAGCAAA